AUGAUCAAAUGCUGUGCGGGUGCCGUGGAUGAUUGUCUUCUGUCUCGCCAUUUCCGCCCUUCCCUUCGCCCCCUGCGCCCGUUGCGCCCAUUGCGCCCCCUGCGCCCGUUGCGCCCAUUGCGCCCCCUUCGCCCGUUGCGCCCAUUGCGCCUUCGCCCGCCUCGCCCCCUGCAACCUAACCGCGAAUCCGCAGCCUCCUCCUCGUGCCUAUCUCUUCCUUCCCCCUCCACUCCCGCUUCGCCCUGCGCGCCCUCUUCCUCUCUCCAUUCCCGCGCAAUUCUCCCUCCUACUUCGUCUUCCUCCUCCCCCGCCCGCCUCCCAUUCCCCCCCCCCCAUCUCCCCACUCCCCCCUCGUGGCAGUGUGGCGGCGUGGGUGUGUGCGCGCCUGGGCGAGCCAAAGAGGGCGCUGAUGAGAAGAGGCGAGCCGUGUUGGCAGUGCUACGCCUCCUCAUCUGCAUUUUCCCCCCCGUUCCCCCCCGUUCCCCCACCCUUUCCUUGUCUCAGCGUGGCGGCGUGGGCGUGUGCGCGGCUGGGCGAGCCCAAGAGGGGGCUGAUGCGGCGAGCCGUGCAUGCACUGGGAGGGGACGCCGUCAGGGGGAUGGUGGCGGAGGGUAUGGGUUUGGGGAUGGUGUUGUGAGGCAAGGGGGAUGUGCAGGGAGGUGCAGAUGGGCGCAAGGGGGUUGGGGGAAGGGGAGUGCGUUACGUGAUAAGUUCCCCUCUCUGCUCUCUUAUGUGGUUCCUCAUGGUCCCGUUCCUCAUGGUCCCGUUCCUCAUGGUCCCGUUCCUCAUGGUCCCGUUCCUCAUGGUCCCGUUCCUGCUUUUGUUCGCCCAACCCCUCCCCAACUCCCUUUCCCUACACUAGGCGGACGCGGCGCAGCGCUGUGGAGGGCAGGGCAUGUGGACGCGGUAACCAUGGGCGCUUUAUUACCCGUGGACGCGGUGCAGCGCUGUGGAGGCCAGCUCACGGCAGAUGAGAUGAGACGAGUGGAUGCGGUGGACGCGGUGCAGCGCUGUGGAGGCCAGCUCACGGCGGACGGCAAGAGGUGCCGCACUCCGGGCGGCGUGUUCUGGAACAUUCUGAGGGCGCGGGUCAGCGCUGACGUGUACAGCGAAAUCAUGGCGGAGGAGAGAGACUUGCAGAAGCGAAGAGAGAGAGGGCAGGCGAGCAAGAAGCGGAGGAGGCAGCACAAGGGAGGAGAAGGCGGUGGUGGGUUGGAACUUGGGGCCAGCGGUGCUGACAGGGAGGGCAGAGCGUGUGUGGAGUCUUGUGCUGGCCGGCAUGCCAUCGAGCCCAUGAGCCACUCACUGGAGGUCGGCAGUGAUGGUGACGCGCAGCCGUGUGCUGCUGACGUGGCAGAGUGUCCUGAAGCCAGCUGGCGAGCAAGCAGCAGCGUGUGUGUCCAGGAGGGUGGCAGGCCGUGUUUGGGACAUGGCGUGGGGGGAAGGUGCAUGGCGGAAGAUAGGGGUGUGGAAGGUAGGGGCAUGGUGGAAGGCAGUGGAGUGGUGGCGGCAGAGCAGGUGGCUGACAGAGCAGGGGCCAGAAGAGGAGAGCAGGUGCAGUGCAGUGAGGGCAGUGCUGUAGGCCGCAUGGGGGGAGGAGAGGGGGAAGGCGGAGAGGAUGGGGGUGGGGAGAGGAGGGAUGGAGGAGUAGGAGGGGACGGAGAAGAGGCCAGGGUACGAGUUGUGCGUGGAGGGGUACAAGGGGUGGCGAGGUUGAGCGAGUGGGCACGUGGUGGAGGGAGGCAGGCUGGUGGGGUAGGAGAGGGGAGCAGCAGGGCGAGUGGCAGUGGGGGGGACAAGGGGUUGGUUGAAGGGCCUUGGGAGGUGCAUGAGAAGAAGAAAGUACGUGUGUGUGUGGAGCACCAGGGGGGGCGUGUGGGUGUGAAUGGGGAUGUGGAGGAGAAGGUUCGGCUGGAUGAGGGAGAGGGGGGCGGCAGUGUGAGGCAGGUGCUGCAUGCAUGGCGGAGUGCUGUCAUGGCUGGUAAGGGCGCUGGGGAUGGGUGGGAGGAGGGCGAAGAGGGAGAAUGGCGUGAAGGUGAUUGUGCCACUGUUGGUCUGGGCGUGCCUGAUGGAGACGCUGCGUUGAAGGUAGGUGACGUGGAUAAAGUGGCUGCCAAUGGUGUGGGUGACGUGGAAGCUAAUGGUGUGGCUGACGUGGCAGCCAAUGGUGUGGGCGACAUCCACGAGAGGGAAGGGGAGGAGGAUCCGAUGGAGGUGGAUGGUGAGUGCGAGGAUGCGGUAUGUGCAGGAGUGCAGCCUUGCAUGGGGAAGCAGCGUGAGAUUGAUCAAUGCAAGGUUGUUUUGCAAGGAGAAGGGGCUGAUGCACAUGUAGGUGUGAGCAGCAGUGUGGACGGUGGUGCCUCAGAGAUUGCAGCGCUGUCGAGCAGGGGUGUGGAGAGAGGUGGCACAUGUGGGGCGGCAGCACUGCCAGGCGUGCGCGAGGCACAGGGGGGAGAACAGCGAGUGUCUGUGAAGCAGCGGCUGCGCAUGCCAGUCAAGUAUGAUGAUGUGCCCGGCACAAUAGGGGAAAUUGUGCAAGGCUCUGCCGUGUGA